CUACCUUUUACCUUCAUCUUCAACCUCAGGCGCCAUCUUUUUAACAUUACAUAAACCUUUCUUCAUAUUCUUCUCAACCUCUUCCUUCUCUCUCUCUUACCAAACAAACUUCAACAAACCUCCCCUUUUCUCCUUCUCCUUCUUCUUCUUCUUCCUCCUCCUCCUCCUCCUCCUCCAUUUUCCCUUCUUCAAUCCCUUUCUGGGUUUGUUUCCAUUUCCUUCUCUCUCUGUUUCUCCUCUGUUUCCCAUGAGAGUUUUGUCUUAGCUACAAAUUAAUGGGGAAGUACAUGAGGAAAACCAAGUCAUUAGGUGAAGUUGCAGUCAUGGAGCUUUCCCAAUCUUCUCUUGGGGUUCUGACUAGGGCUAAGACUCUUGCCUUACGUCGUCUUCAGCAAUCUCCCACGCCCUCCCCAUCUCCCGCCUCUCCGGCCUCUCCGGUUGCUUCUGGUUCUUAUCUUCAGCUAAGGAACCGAAGGCUUGAGAAGCCAACCGUUGUAUUUUCCGCCCAUGAAUCCAAGAGGCAGAAGCCAACCCCUAGAGAGGCUUGUACCACAAACCCUAGCCCUAGGGUCAGUUCUAGUUUGAAGCUGGCUAUGCCCGAACGGUCGGUUUCGCUUGGCCGUGUUAAUGAAGAGGGGGAUCACACGGCGGAGGAUGUGGCGGAGAAAUCCGUUGGCAAAUUUGAUGAAAUUCAUGCGGGUGAAAGUAAGAACGAGAAUAUUGAUUUGGUCAUUGAAGAGGCUUCGUUUGGGGAAAAUAUUUUGGAUUUUGAGAGUAGAGAGAGGAGUACUAGGGAAUCUACUCCCUCCAGUUUGAUAAGAAAUCCUGAUACCAUCAGAACACCCAGUUCUACUACCAGGCCGACAACCAGUGCAGUCGAAACUAACCAUAGAAACCCUUACUCAUCUAAUCGACCCAUACCGACAGCUCGUGAAAUGGAUGAGUUUUUUGCUCUUGCUGAAGAAAAGCAGCAACGACACUUCAUUGAGAAGUACAACUUUGAUCCCGUGAAAGAUACGCCGCUUCCUGGCCGCUACGAAUGGGAGAAGUUACAACCAUAGAAGAUUAUAGCGCGUUGUUCCAUCAGGACUUCUUUCCUGCUUAUUUUCAAUAGAUUUCAGACCGAGGUUUUCAAAAGUAGCAGGAAGGAAUUAGUCUAACCUUAAAAGGGUGAUGGUGGUAUUUCCUUUUUUCCAUCAUCCUUGUUAACUUUUGUAAAGGAGUAGUAAGACCUCUCAAAACCCAAAAGAAAAAAAAGAAAACGCUUAAAGGAAGUGUAGACUAAUGUUCUGUAACAUAACAGAGGUUAUGAUUUACACACUAAAGACCCAUCAAAGUUCAUUGUCUAGCCAUGAUACUGAGAGGGGGAAGGAAAGAGGGUCUGGCAGUUUAGUCGUAGGGUUAGUAGUUAGUUCAGGCAACUAGGAAACUGUGGUACAGAUAAUUUACUUAGGAUAUUUUUCUUCUCUUCCCCACUUUGUAGUACUGUGCUCUCCUCCACUCUUCUUUGUCUAUACUUGUACUGAUGGAACUACAAAGCAACAACCUGUGAAAUAAAAACUAACCCUUUGUGUCCCUCUCUUCA